AUGCUGCAGUCCAUGGGGAGGCGGGCCGAGCUGCAGCAGCAGCUGGGCGCUGUAGCAGAGGAGUGCCAGGCGCGGCUGCGGCAGGUGGAGCAAGCCAAGGACCAGGAGCUCCAGCUCUUGCGCCAGAGGUGCCAAGAGGCCCUCGAAACUCAGGAGCGGCGCUUUCUGGCGGAGGUGUCGGAUCUCCGGCGGCAGCUCGAGGACGAACGGUCCACCCGAAGCGCGGAGCGGUACCACGUGGAAGCCCUGCAGCGCAGUUUGAAGCAUCUCCGCGAGGAGGCGGAGGGCAGGCCCACAGAGGAGGAGCUCGCCCGGCUCCGCACAGCCCCCGCCGCGCUGCGGCAGCACCUCAGCACCGUGGAGGCGGAGCUGCGGGCGACGAAGCGCCAAGCCGAGCAGGCCACGCAGGAGAAGCAGAAGCUACAGGAGAAGCUGCGGAAAAGUGAGCGGCAGCUGGAGAAGGCGCUCGAGAAGCAAGCCGCGAGCGCGAGCGCACCCAGCUGGUCGCCGGGCGCGGCCGCGGGCGGCCCCGCGCCUUCGGCCGCGCCGCCCCUGGCGACGCAGCCGCCGGCGCCGGGCCCCGCGGGCGCGGCGGCGCCGGCCCUCGGCGCGGAGGAGGGUUAUGCGAUGCCCAUGGAGACGUGGAACCAGGAGAGGCGGGAGUCCUGGAGUGCGGAGAGGCCGCCGGAAGGGCUGGGCGAUUGGGGCCAGGCCGAAGGUGCGACGCUGGAUGGGGCCCUGCAGCCCACAGGCAGCGUACAGCGUACAGCUCAAACAGGCAUCCAGCACCACCCAGCGCCCAUGCCCAAGACCGAGAAAUUCGGCCCACACGACCGCGGUUGCUGGCUCUACGCGCCCGCGCGCUUCUUCGCUCAUGGACCGCUGAUGGUGUCGGAGUCGGUGGUGCCGCCCAGCCCCGACGCCUGGAGCUUCGACCCGGGGUCCCAGGAGGAGGGAGCGCCCGCCUGCCCGGUGACCAAUGCCGUCCACCCGGGCAGGGAGAAGAACCUCCACCUGGGCGAGAGGACUCAGCGGGAAACCUUCGAGGCGGAAACCUACUCCUCUGUGCAGGAGGAGGGGGCGGGCUAUUCCGCCAACCUUUUAGAGGCCUGGCGGCUGGUGAUCCGCCCGCCACGGCGGAGGUACGACCCCAAGAUCCUGGGGCCCGACAAGCUGCAGGUGAUCCUUCCAUCCCCGGAGGCGGUGAAGCGGCUGAGCCGACCGCUGGAAAGGCACGACAUGGAGCUGCAGAACAGCCAGGGCUUGACCCUGAGGUGCUCCCACUUCCGUUCCAACGACUCGCCGGCGGAGCGACUCCCUUGCGUGAUCUUCUGCCAUGGGAGCAGCUCCUGCCGAGUCGACGCUUUUCAAGUGAUGCCUUGGCUCUUCGAGUACAAGCUCACCGUUUUCGCCUUCGACUUUGCUGGCUCUGGCCUGUCGGACGGCGAGUAUGUCACUUUAGGCUACCGAGAGGAGGACGACCUACGCGUGAUCAUCGACUACUUGCUGAAGACCAAUACGGUCUCCAGCAUCGGUCUGUGGGGGAAGUCCAUGGGCGCGGUGGCCUCGCUCCUGCGGGCCUCGAAGGACCGCAGAGUGGACGCCUGUGUGCUGGACUCGCCCUACGCGGACUUCCAGAAGGUGGUGCUGGACUACUUCGACAGCACAGUGGCGCUGCAGUGGGUGCCCGGGGCUCUGCUGGACUUCUGCCUCUCGCGGGUCAGCAGCGCGGUGCGGCAGCGGGUGGGUCUGGACCCACGGGAGAUGCAGCCCAAGAAGGCGGCGCCUUUUUGCCACUGCCCAGCGCUUUUUGCCGUGGCGGAGGACGACCGAGUCGUCCAGCCCCAUCAGGUGCGGGAGCUUCAAGCUGCGUGGGGCGGGGCCUCGCGGUUUUGCAGCUUCCAGGGGGGCCACAACAGCGACAGGCCCCCGUCCUUCUAUCGCGAGGCCGCCCACUUCAUGUGGGAGUCGCUGCAGCAGGCGGCGGAGUCCGACGCCUUGCUCUGCGGGGCGGUGGAUGCCUACCUGCAGUCGGAGGCUUGCGACAGGAGCGGGCGCUUCUCCCUCGACGUGGAGAGGCCCCUGAUUAAGGAGGACGACCUUUUGCGAAACGCAGUGGAGUGCUAUUUGGAUCAGCGGGAUUGCCUGGACGAAGCCAUCGACCACUUCCUGCGGGGAGGUGGGAGCGCUUUGCCCAGCUGGUCCCCGCGCUGGCCGCACCUGACCCAGGGGCAUGUGGUGCGACCUCUGCAUCUCAUGAGCCAGGAGGGUCGACUGAUGAUGGCGCGGCCGAGUGAGAACUCAGCACUUUUUUCUGUCUGA